UGCUACCAAACCAAACGCCGAGUUCAUUUCAGAAUUCAGAUUCAGUAUGAUGUGAGCAAUGGAAGCCCAGGCGUCGUUACUCCUUCUAGACCUUGAAUCUGAAUCAGAUGAAGAGGUUACACUACAAUGUUUGUCAUCAUUAUUAUUGAAUAAGAGAACAAGAGGUAAAACAAGUGAUUUUUUGAAGUAUAAGGACAGUGCUAGUGAGUUAUCUUUUCUUAGUGAACUUUCAGAUGAUGUCUUCAAAGAGACUUAUAGGUUAUCUCGUGUUCAAUUCCAAGAAAUUCAUGACAUGAUAGAAGAUGACAUAAGAGGGAAGGAAUCGAAUGCAAAAAGCCCGAUUGCAACCGAGAAGAAGCUAGCUGUAUGUCUCAGAUACUUGGUCAGUGGAGAACGGUAUAAAACAAUAGCUCUGAAUUACAGGAUUGGAGACAGGACUGUUUCUAAUAUAGUGAAUGAAGUUUGUGCUGCAUUAUGGACACACUUGCAACCUAUCUACAUGCCAGAACCUGAUAUUGAACUUUGGAAGAAAAUUGCUUCAGAUUAUGAAAGCAAGUGGAGUUUCUGUAACUGUCUUGGUGCAAUUGGUGGUAAACGGAUUAUAACCAUACAAAAAGUUGGUAUUUCAUCUGCCACAAAUGAUCGGGAAUCGCCCCAUGUUAUUCUUGUUGCUGCAGUAGAUGCUCAUUACCGAUUCACUUUCAUUGAUAUAAUGUCUGCAGAAAGAUUCAAUGAUGAGAAUGUAUUCGAAAAUACACUUUUUGGGAAACGUUUGUGUAAUACAUCAAAGCUUCCUGAACCAAAUCCAUUACCAGGAACUGAACAACCUAUUCCAUAUGUGUUUGUUGCCGAUGAAACAAUUCCUGUAAUAGAUAAUUUGAUGCGUGCUUACCCAGGUCAAAGUGUGAUGAAUAGUUAUGAAAAGAAAGUUUUUAAUUGUAGAAUAGGUCAAGCACAACAGACUGCUGAAUGCUCUUUUGGAAUCUUAUCUAAGAUAUUUCAUGUGUUCAAGAAACCUUUCAAAUGCAAGCUUGAAGCAGUUGAAACCAUUGUGAUGUCCUGCUGUAUUCUACAUAACUAUUUAAGAACAAAGAUACUUCUCAGCUCCGAUACAUGUGAUGAUAAUUGUGUUUUUGAAUUACCUUUUGAAAAUGAAAAUCAGCUUUUACCUCUCAAGAAAUAUGAUAUGAGGAUACAUAAUGCAUUAUAUUCAAUUAGGGAGAAGAUGAAGGACUUCUACAUCUCACCCCAAGGAAGUGUUGAAUGGCAGCACUCAGCUAUUGAAAAUAGUCACUUUUAGUUACCAUAUUCGAAUAUGAAUUAUUCCUCAAUCAAUGAUAACUCUUUUAAUAUUAUCUCAUGUUCAUUCCAAUAAUUAUCUGUAUCACUUGUAAGAUAGUGUGCACACAGAGAGCAGUCAGGCAUUCUGCAUGUAGGAUAUAGAUAUACAGUCAUUCAUGAAAAUCAGGAUAUCUUGAUGAUUUUGAGUGAGUAUUCCUGAAAGUAAUAGCCCAAUGAUAUAAUAAUUUAUUGCUUGCCAGUGACUUACUAUUCAUCUGUCAUGAUUUUUUUGAUCAUUAGUAUUAACAAGAUGUAAAAUUCAUCCACAGUUAACAUUUUCCAAUAAAUUUCAUUUCAUUCAUUCAUAGACAUUAGAUAUGGUGAUAGGACUGGGAUUCUCAACCCUGGCAGAUUGUAUUAAUUAGGACUAUUGAAGGUAACAAAAAAGUUCUCUGUAUAAAAAACGAUACUUGUAAAUUAUUAAUAUAAAUUUUUAAUGAAAUUGAAUAUAAUAUGGAGGUGAUGGAAUAGUAUUUAUUCUGAAUACCCCAUGAUACAUGUCAUUUCGAACUAUUAUCAUGGUAUAAUAUUUAUUGACAAUUUAAAAGAAAUAUAUAAUAUGGACACCAGACUCCUCAAUUAACCUCCAAGUUCAAAGCUGAUUUUCAUUUCUCACUUUUUUUAGAUUUUAGAAUUAUAUAUCAAUAAAUUGUAAUCAUUGUUUUAUUAAUUGUGUACCAAUUUUUUUCACUAUGUGUGAUGUGAUUAUUUGGUUUUAUUCCUUAUGUGUGUGGAAUAUGUAAUUUAUCGUUAAUCACUUCUGAAAAAAAUAAAAUUUGUGAUUUUAAAAAGUA